AUGAGGAAGAAAUUAAGAAAGAAAAUCAGCAUCGAUCGUCCAACAACGACACCACCGGGACCAACAACUGCAACGCCAGGUCCAACAACCACACCACCGGGACCAACAACUGCAACGCCAGGUCCAACAACCACACCACCGGGACCAACAACUGCAACUCCAGUUCCAACAACCACACCACCGGGACCAACAACUGCAACGCCAGUUCCAACAACCACACCACCGGGACCAACAACUGCAACGCCAGUUCCAACAACCACACCACCAGGACCAACAGCUACAACUCCAGUCCUAACAACCACAACACAUGGACCAACAACUGCAACGCCAGUUCCAACGACCACACCACCGGGACCAACAACUGCAACUCCAGUUCCAACAACCACACCAUCGGGACCAACAACUACAACUCCAGUCCUAACAACCACAACACAGGGACCAACAACUGCAACGCCAGGUCCAACAACCACACCACCCGGACCAACAACUGCAACGCCAGUUCCAACAACCACACCACCGGGACCAACAACUGCGCCGCCAGUUCCAACAACCACACCAACGGGACCAACAACUGCAACGCCAGGUCCAACAACCACACCACCGGGACCAACAACUGCAACUGCAGUCCUAACAACCACAACGCAGGGACCAACAACUGCAACGCCAGGUCCAGCAACCACACCACCGGGACCAACAACUGCAACGCCAGGUCCAACAACCACACCACCGGGACCAACAACUGCAAAUCCAGUCCUAACAACCACAACGCAGGGACCAACAACUGCAACGCCAGGUCCAACAACCACACCACCGGGACCAACAACUGCAACGCCGGGUCCAACAACCACACCAACGGGACCAACAACUACAACUCCAGUCCUAACAACCGCAACACAAGGACCAACAACUGCAACGGCAGUUCCAACAACUACUGCGAGAGCUUCCACAACGGAAGGUAUAGCGAUAACCACGCAAGGAGCAGUUAUCACACCACCUUCACAGACGACAGAACAUACAACAUCCCUGGCAAAUGAAACUACUACAACGGCAGAGAGUACGACUAUACGUGAAGUUCCAAUAACCCAUGGGAAUAUAACGAUGGAACUAGAAGAGUGUUCUACAGAAGAGUCCGAAUCCACGAUUGACUUAAAUGAGGCGACUACGGAAGUAAUUGGCUCAUCUGAGCAGGAGGAGUGCUCGAUUGAUAUAACGCAACCACAGUCGAAGGCUACAACAGUCUCUAAACAAGAACUUGUUUCAAGUACCAUUCUCACAUCUGAAGCAGAUUCAACUACACUUUCAGUAACAAAAAUAUCGCCCACCGAGACUGAAACGCAAACAGAUGAGAAAGAAGAGUGCUUUACUGAAGAAGCAGUGCAAAUAAGUUCUGAAAAACCUAUAACCGAAUCUGCUGAUUUAAUUUCCACUACUGAAAAUGAAUGUGAAACAGCGCCUUUGGAAGAUGCCGUAGGCAAGAGAUCCGACAGUUGCCACCCAGGGGAAGUGCUAACAAACUCUGCUUGUGACGUAUUGCAGAUUGUAAUAAAAAUGAAUCAAUCAGAAUUCACUAUGGAGCUUGGGGAGUCUUCCGUAAUAACUAUAAAUGCAAAUGAUAACGGUGGUGCGUGUACAGUUUCACCAACCGAUGACGGAAUGAUUCUGCACUGUCGGUCUAAUCAUAGCGAUAUAUCAAAUGAGCCGUCAAAUGAUUCCAGUGAUACUGAUUGGUUCGUUGAAAAAAGCAUUCGUGUGUCAAACAGAGAUGACGGCGGCCAGAAAAGAUUCAACUGUAGCAGCGAAGGUGUUUUUGGUGAUAGUAUCUUGUGCGAUGUGUAUUACAUAUGCGACGAAACCUUGCAAGAGAAGACCCAAAUUCAAUGCCCGGCUGGAGAGCGAUUUAGUCACAAUAUAAAAAGUUGUACAAGCGCGCCAGUGGUAUGUCCUGGGGAUCCGCCUUUGACAUGCAACAGUUCUGGAUAUAAGCCGCAUCCUCGAUAUGGCAAUAGAUAUUACCUAUGCAAUUGGAGUACUAUCCUUAAAUCUUACGUAGCUCGCCAAUUCUAUUGCCCAAAUGGUUAUGCAUUUGAUGUCACCAAAAACCAGUGUUAUCCAAUGGAGUUGGUACAAAGCAGCGCAAUUAUCGAACCUCAUUUUAAUGACGACAUUACAAAGUCGUGCUUAGUCGCAGGAAAAUUUCCUUAUAAGUAUAACUGUGAAAAUUACUACUACUGUAAAUCUCCGCAAGAAGGACCGCGGUUCUUAAGAUGCGAGAAUGGCAAAUCUUUUGAUAGAUCUCGUUCAAAGUGUAUUGAAAGGGAUCAUGUCGAUUGUCCUAUUGCUGACAUAUAG